AUGCAGACUGCUUCUACAAACAUUUGUGAAAGAAUGGGUCGCUCUCAGGAGCUCAGUGACUCCAAGCGUGGUCCUGUGAUAGGUUGCCACCUGUGCAAUAAGUCCAUCCGUGACAUUUCCUGGCUACUAAAUAUUCCACGGACAACUGUUAGUGGUAUUGUAAUAAAGUGGAAGCAACUGGGAACAACAGCAACUCAGCCACCAAGUGAGCGGGGUCAGCACACGCUGAAACGUGCAAUACGCAGACGUUGCCAACUGUCUGCAGAGUCAAUAUCUAAAAACCUCCAAACUUCGUGUGGCCUUCAGAUUAACACAACAAUAGUGAGUAGAGAGCUUCAUGGAAUAAGUUUCCAUGGC